UAUGCUGUUCUCUCUCACAGAUGGUCGGAAGAUGAACUCACCUUCCAAGACUUUGGGAGCAAGAAGUGUCUUAAAUCCAUCGGAUGGCAAAAGGUCGUGCAUUUCUACGACAAAGUCAUUCGUCAAGGCAUACAGUUCGCUUGGAUCGACACCUGCUGCAUUGAUAAGACAAGUAGCACCGAGUUGGAUGAGUCAAUUCGCUCGAUGUUUCGGUGGUAUCUGAACGCAGCUGUCUGCAUCAUUCAUCUUGCUCAGACCACCUCAAUCAAUGAUAUGGUGGGCGACGAAUGGUUCCGUAGAGGCUGGACACUGCAGGAGCUAUUAGCACCGAAGAAGAUCCACUUCUUUGACAGGCAGUGGAGACGCCUCACUUCAACCGAGAAUUCAGCUCAAGAUAACGACAAAGACGAAAACUCCGAAGUUUUGGCUGUCGCCUCUAAAGCCACCGGAAUCCCUCUGGCCGAGCUGUGCGAGUUUAAUCCAUCUCCUUCCCAAGUCGAUGUGCGCAUGUCUUGGGCUUCGAAAAGAGACGUUACCCGAGGGGAAGAUACGGCGUAUUCGCUCAUGGGUCUUUUUGACGUCUCAAUCUCAACUGCUUACGGAGAGGGUGCCGAUAGAGCCUUUUGUCGACUCGUUGAGGCUGUUAUGCUUGCAGGCGGAGACCCGUCAGUACUGAACUGGAGUGGAGAUCCAGCAGCC